AUGACACCUGAUAUUGAAUAUCUGCUUUCUCUGGAAGCUGUCCGUGAAAGAUCGCGGAUCGUUUUCGAGGCUGCUAAGAAAGACGAGCUUUCUCAUUUCACUUACCAUGCCUCCAAGCUGCCUGAAGCUGCGGCGUACGUGACUUCUGUGAUCAAUCGUGACUUCGGUCCCGACAACUUCGAUGCCAUACCUCCUCACGGUCGCUGGCAACACUUUAAUGUCGGCGGUGUCCCUCGCAUCGAUGAUCUGAACAAACAGUGGAAACACGAUGGCUGCGACAGAAAAGAACAGGCUCGCCGUCUGAUUGAUCUUUUCAUGGUAUCCGUAUUACUGGAUGCCGGUGCGGGUGACAAGUGGAAAUUUGAGGAACCUGGAUCUGGAGAUGUUUAUACCAGAAGUGAAGGUAUUGCUGUGGCGAGUUUGUAUAUGUUUACAGAAGGUGCUUUUGCAAGUGCUGGGGGUGAGAAGCAUAUUGUAAAUGCAAAGGGACUUCAAGGAAUCAAUGAAGAAGUAUUGACCAAAGGUUUUCAAAUCACUUCCGAUAACCCUAUGAUUGGUGUCGGACCUCGAGCACAACUCCUGUCGCGUCUCGGCGACUCUCUCCUCCAACAUCCUGAUAUCUUCGGCCCCGAAGGCCGUCCUGGAAACCUCGUCGACUAUGUCAUCAAUUCUGCAGAUGCAAACAGCAAAGAACUCGACUACCGCGUCUUCUGGAUGACAUUGCAAAAACUCCUCAUCCCCAUCUGGCCCAAAGACCGCACGCAAAUCGAUGGCACACCCAUCGGUGACGCCUGGCCUCUUGCUGUCCUGCAAAGAAAGAAUGACGGCCAGGAUGUCAAGCAAACUAUCCAACCAUUUCACAAACUUACUCAGUGGUUGGCUUACUCACUUAUGGUCCCCUUCGUCCGCGUCAUGGGCUACUCCUGGCGAAACGCAGAUCUCGGAACUGGUCUCCCUGAAUACCGCAAUGGAGGCCUCUUCAUCGAUCUUGGUGUCCUGACGCUCAAGCCAGAAGCUUUGGAGCGCGGACAAAGCGCUUCUGGCCAAAAGUUGCCCAUGUUCAAAGACAGCGGUGAUGAGAUUAUAGAAUGGAGAGCUCUGACCGUCGCACUGCUGGAUGAGAUCUAUGGCAUCAUCAAGAAACAGAUGAAUGAGAACGAUGUCGAGCUCAGUAUGGCGCAGAUGCUGGAAGCUGGAAGUUGGAAAUCAGGAAGAGAGUUGGCUGCUCAGCAUAGACCCGAGACAAAGUCUAGUCCCAUAUUGAUCGAUGGAGAUGGCACUUUGUUUUAG